AUGGCAACGGCACAGGCGCACUGCUUGGAGCCACCGCCGCGGCUCUACAUGGGCGUCGACUAUCGAUGGGACCCGCUCUUCUUCCGAAUACCCUCCCCGCGGGAGCCAGCGGCCGCCGCGUCGUGCGUGAGUCACGGGCGGGGAGCAGAUGAACGGGGCCACUCACCAGACACGGCGCCGCCUUCUUCUGGCGGGCCGUCGCGCGGCCAAGUCGCGAGUGUUCCUCGGCCGCUGCGGCGGCAGGAGGCGGGCGGUGAAGGCAGCCGUCCCUCGUCCGCCGCGCGCUCCCCGCCCACGCGCAGCAGAAGGGCGGGGGCAAACCCCGCAGUGCCGCCGCCUCCCCGCGACCAAAGUUUGCUGCGCUCGCCGCGUCUCACCCGUUCCACGAUUCUGCUGCGUGAGUUCAACGCCUCCGGGGCGCCCAGCAACCAGCCCCCGCGGUCCCCUCUGGAGUUGACUAACCAGGUGAGUGCGGCCGCCCCACGCACAUCUGCCGACGCCGGUGGCGCAAGACUGACAUCGAGGCGUGGCGACGGCACCGUUCUGCCCUCUGCUCUGGCGGUGGGCGGUGCUGCGCUGCGGCACCCUCAAGACCACGCGUGGGUGCCCGCACGCUGUGCUGCGCCCUUGACACCCCGGGGAACACGGGCCGCAACCCUUCGUGUGGAACAAGUGAGGCGCAAACUCAAUCUUGCCAAACUGCGGAGCGGCCCUGCUGCUCGCCCGCAACAUUUUGAGCGCACAGAUGCGGCGGCGGGAGCAGCGCGGGUUACCGUAGAGGGGAAUCGGCACAACAGUGGAGGGGGCGCGCAGCGGCGAAGUGAGGUUCCACCUGUUCCAACGCUGUCGGAGCUCCGUGCGCUGCACACGACGAAGCAGAGCCCGCGGACCAAACGGGGGAAUGCGGCGUGGGACUCAAGUAACGGUAUCAACGCUGCCACGAAAAGAAGCUGGGCAGCCAAGGCACGGGAGCGUCUGUUAAGAAGCGAGGCGGCCGCUACAGAAAACGGUGUUUGCCACGCUGGCGCUUGCCAGCUCAGCACAAGCUGUAACAAGGAGGGAAUUCUCCUCACCUCAACGGAGGUGGGCGGUGACAGUGGCGGGGGCGCCGUGGUUCCUGUCGAUGAGGUUGAAGAAAUGCCGGAGGAGGAUGCUCUGUCCGAGGAUCCUGACGCUUGCGACGCCAGUGCCAGUGCGGGAAAGCAAGAAGGAGGGGUGAGGUCGCCCGUUCAGAGUGGCUCAUGCGCAGAGGAAGGGACAGCUGGGCCGUGCCGCGAGGAGCUGCAGCCGGCUGCGGCGUCAGGCGACAAGGGCGACAGGGAGCGCACUCUUCCACCCGUAGACAUGGCGGAGUCAUUGCACGAAUGGUCCUCAGACCCAUUUUCUGAAGAUGCAGGUUCCACUCCACACAACUUGCCCGCAGAGGAGGUGGGAGAGGUGGUUGACACACCUUCCUAUUGGCGCGCAGAGACGUUGCCAAUGGUGGAGGCAGCCGCCGCCCGUGCAGCUCCGUCCGAGGUAAGCGCUGAAGAGGACUUAUCGCCCACCAUUACGCCGGGAGGGAGCGAAGCGGGGGGUGUUGCUGUCGCUUUGGCAGGCGAGUUCCCGUUGCCAUCAGACACAAAAGAUGGCUUGGCGGAGCGGAUGACUUGGAUUCCGCGCUACCUUCUGCUGGAGUGCGCGGCGGCGCAGAGGCGUCAGGGGGUGCUGCUGACGCCAGGUGCCACGUUACACAAGUACAAAACCCUUCAGCGAGGUGUUCGCGCGUACGCCAUGAGGAGGUUCUUCAACAAGUGGGCUGCCUGGGUCAGGCUUCCUGCAGUGGCGAGGUGUUGUGCGUCGGUUGCCCACCCGGCUUCCGCCACGCGCGGCGGUGGGGACGCCACCCCGUUGCCCUUUGCCGCCCCGAUGGAGCCGCUCCCCACACCCGGGGGCGGGACGGGGGCGCCGGACGAGGCGCACGCCGUGCACCAAGAAGGAACUGAGGCGGCGCGGGAAACGCCAUCAAGGGGGCGGUGCGCCACCCCAACCCAGCCGCAGGUGCCGCUGAGGGCGAAGGGUCCCCUACCGCUUUCACGAAAACUGCUGGAGGAGGUGGUUGGCGGCAGCGAGCAACGCCGAACGACGGUGCAGGACGCGGAACCUGCGUGCAAUUCUAAAAGCAGCAGUUUUGCCGCAUCGUCUCUGACCUCGUGGGAGGAUGACUGUGUUUCUCCCCGGCCGCGCAGUGCUCGCGCGGAAGAUGACGGUGAUUGGUUUGCCACUGAGGGGACGCUGUUGGAAUCGUUGCGUCCAUCCGCCCCCAUCAACUGCGAUGUGCAGGAGAUGGCGCUUCUGCCAAGCGGCAUGUCUAGUGCAUCGCUGAAGACAAGAAGUACCUUGUCGGCGGAGGAUUCGCGAGGGAGCCUGGACAUGGAGGAGGUCCUACCCGCCCCCAGAAGAAGUGCCAGUCCUCUGCAUAGAAUCAAGUACCUCCAUUCCGAACUGUAG